CAGGUAGUGAUGACAACAGCAGCAACAAUCACAACCAACAAAAGUGCAGCAAAUAUUCAGUGAAAAGUGCCAGGAGUAGUUCCAGUUCCAGCUCCAUAUCCAUAUCCAAUUCCCUAACCAGUGCCAGUGCAUUCGACAAUAACAGAUAUCCAAGCAAUCAUCCAAUAGCAGCAUCGGCCUCAACGCGCCCAGCAAUAAGUCCAAAUCAAUCAGCGUCGGGCUAUGCCAGCGAGGAUUACGUCAAGUCCAUGCACAGCCAACGUACACACCAGCAACGGACACAAGCAUCACACUAUGCCCAUGCCAGUUCGGGUCAAGUUACCGAUUCGACCAUACAGCAAAUGACAUCGACACAAGCACCAACUGCUCCUCCACCGCCACCGCCACCACUGCCACCACCAGCCAAUGGUGCCCAAAAUGGAGUUCUCUAUCCGAGUUCUGCAUACAGCGAUCACGGAUUUCUGCAGAUGACGCUGGGCUAUCUGUCGCCAUCGUCGGGCACGUACAAGUCGGUGGAUCCCUACUUUCUGUCCCAAGCAAGCCUGUUUGGAGGAGCGCCCUUCUUUGGUGCGCCAGGCUGUGUACCAGAACUGGCAUUGGGCCUGGGCAUGGGCGUGAAUGCGCUGCGGCAUUGUCGGCGUCGCAAGGCACGCACCGUAUUCAGUGACCCCCAAUUGUCCGGACUGGAGAAGCGCUUCGAGGCGCAGCGCUAUCUGUCGACGCCGGAGCGCGUCGAGUUGGCGACGGCCCUGGGACUGAGCGAGACGCAGGUCAAGACGUGGUUCCAGAACCGUCGCAUGAAGCACAAGAAGCAGCUGCGACGACGCGACACUGCCAAUGAACCCGUUGACUUUUCACGCUCUGAGCCGGGCAGCAAGCAGCAAGGCGAUUCCGCUGCCUCCGCAUCCUCCACGGAUACCAAGCAGUCCAAGCUGGCUGGUGCAGUGAGCGGCACACAGACGGCAACUAGUCAGCAGCUGCAAAUGUGCUUCCUGCAGCAUGGCUACUCAACGGAUGACUACUCCGAUCUGGAGGCGGACAGCGAGGAUGAGGAUAACUCUAGCGAUGUGGACAUUGUCGGCGAUUCCAAGCUAUUUCAACUUACAUAGGCUGAAGGUGGGUGAGAUUUCGCAAUAAGACCAAGAAAUUAAGAAAAAAAAACAAAUU